GAUCGCUUGAGGAGGCUUUAUCCAUUAUCUUGCAGAACAUACCAAUUGAAAUUAAAACACCAAAUGAGACAACAAAAAUCUCGGAAAAAAUGCCACUAAAAGAACGUGAUACUAAUAAAGCAUUGGAUAUAUUCAACGUUAAUGUUACCAAAUCUUUUGAUCUAUUCAAUUCCAAGUCAAGCUUCAACUUCCUUGUCUGUAGUGGGGCGGCCGGAAUAGGUAAAACCCGUUGGGGAAAUGAGUUCUUUAACUCUGUUAAAAAAGAUUGGAGUCCACCACCUAAUUGGGGGGAACCAGAUUACCUCUAUUUGCUUCUUGAUUUCGUAAACGGUGUUCGCCUUUGUGAUCUUGAUACAAAUCUGAUGGCAUCUACCAUUCUCGGACUUAGGAUAGCCUAUCACUAUUUUGUACGCAGAGCCGGUAGAGUAAUGUCAUUUGAAGCAUUUCAGGUUCGAGCGUGUCACUUUUUUAAACAUUUCAGAAUAAAUGUUGUUCUUGAAAGUAUUCGAAAUCAUCUAAGUGGGCUCAAUAAGAAGCUUAUUAUAGUACUUCAUAUCGACGAGUAUCAGGAAAUAUUCGCUUUCGCAAAUAGUUGGAAAGGAAGGUUGAGUGGGAAAGGACUUUUUAAAGAAAUGUUGUAUGCCCUCGGACCUUUGAUGAUAGAAUCUGAAGUGAAGUAUUGUUAUGUCCAAACGUUUUUAACAGGGACAGCAUCACAAGAUGUUACCAAUAGCUUCAAAGCAACAGAAUAUUCCUUCAAGUUUGUCAAGUGUUCCCUCUUAUCAAACAAAUCAAUUAUCGAAAUUUUUGAUUAUUUUGCUGAAAAAGGAGGAGAUAAAGAGAAACUUUGGAUGUUCAACACCAAAUUUUUACAGCUUUUAUAUGAUACUAGUGGACUACCGCGAGCAUUGGAAACUGUUCUUGAUGAAUGUUUCAAAAGAGAUGGGUUCUUUACAAAACUGAAGGAUAAAAAUUUUACAUUAUUUGAUGACAUAUUCCACGCUGUCAUUAAUAACCUCACGAAUAAGUAUAAAUUAGACAAAUUUAUUAUGAAAAACCGCAAAGCUAGUUGUAAGCUCCUAUACUACUGCAUCGGAGCCAUUCCGGUUCAGCUUAAUACAAAAUUGGAUUGUGAGCAGACAGUAACGGUAGAGGACCUGGAGCGCGAUGGGUUUUUAAUUCUAAAGAAUUUUGCACCUAAUACUUACUUUAUUGAAAUGCCUUUUUACUUUAUUUACAUAUAUAACAUAUGGUUGAACACGGUCCCUGUUAUUAUACACAAAAUGUUCCAGCCUGAAUCCAAAAUGGCCUGGGAUACCUGGGAGAAAUUUGUAGCUAAUUAUGAAAUAUUUCGCAACAAUCUACUUUUUGAACUAGAGCAACAUAAAGAGGGUAUUUCUUUGAAAGAACUUUAUCGUGGGGCAAUUGGCAAAGGCUCUGUUUUGAACAUCCGGAUGAGGCUUGAAAAGCUUGAACUAUGUGAAGCAAAAAACCAGUUUCCAAAAACUGGUCUUCCAAUAAAUCGCUUAAAUAAUAGAGUUAUGAAUCUGGAUGGCUUAGUGGUUGUAAAUGGCUGCUCGGCACCAUUUGGUGAUGUUUUUUUAGUACGCAAAAAAAUUACUGAAAAUAGAAAUCUUCUUCUAGUAUUCCAGCAGAAAUGGUAUACUACCUUAAAGGAGCUUACUAUAGAUGAUAUAAAAAUUGAAUGCAAUAAGAACAAAAAGGCUGUUAACGAAAUAAAAGAUAGUAAUUUGAAGAAAUUUCUUGAGGAGUCUCAUAUUGUGACUGUCAUUUUCACAUCGCGACCAUUCAAAGGGAAUCCCAAAGAUCUACCAGAUGACUGUCUGAUUAUUUCAAUGGAGAACUUCAAUCAGUAUUUUGGGCCCUUAUUUGCCUCACGAUUGACAUUCGAUAUUAUAAACAAUCUCAAUAUCAACUCCGCAGAGCCAAAACGAAUUUCUGAGGUGAUUAAAGGGGUUGGAGACAUCUUAUCUAAGGUUAUACAUGAGAAUCGACCAUACAAAAGUGCAACCGAAGUUAUUGAAAAGAAUCCAACUUAUAGAAGCUACCUUGAGAAAGUUAGAACACAGCUAGAAGAUUGCUCAUACGCUCCAUACUCAUUUCUGGAUAAUGAGAAUGAUUCAAUGAUAUUAAAUGAAUAUGAUUCAUACUCAAACGAUAAUGACAUAGAAAUGGAUGUUGACUU